AAGAAAAACAAGUUUUCGAAAGUGCCAGCCAAAAAGCAAUCUCCCAUUUGUGGGUCCUCUGAGGCCAUCCUUCCUGCCACUGUAUUGUGCUAGAUUCAACAGAGAUCGUGCUAGGGCAGCAGGAAGGUCAUGUCAAUCCUUCUCAUUCUUGCUUUAAUUCUCCCCCAAAGCCCUUUAAAACUCCUAGUCUUCGGCACAAGUGCAGGUGGAGGAAUGCCACCCGCUGACAGAGAGAGAUCCUUGAGUACAGCAGUGAGAAAAGAAUGGAGAGGAAUACCAGAAUCAGUGUCUAGGACAAUUAUGUAACUCACUAGAUGGUGGCAGUAAGAUUCCAUCUGGCAAAAUCCAGACAACCUGGCCUCAAAUCUUCAAACAAGCUUUAUAACACCCUGAAAAGCCCGAUGAAAUCUACUAGAAUAUGGCUGCAAGCCAGGUGAACGGAGCCUCUGGCGAUGCAAAGGAUGCUGUAGUGAUCCUGGAGAAGACUCCCUUCCAGGAGGAAAGCGUCUCUGAUCUGCUGAAGAAACACACGAGGUUGAAGCUCCAGAUGUCCAAUGAUAUCUACAGCACCUACCACCUGUACCCACCUCCGCAGCUGAGUGAGAUAAAAACCACCGUGGUGUACCCAGCCACUGAGAAACACCUUCAGAAAUAUCUGCGCCAAGAGGUGUAUCUCAUCCGCGAAACUGGGGAGGAUUACAGGAACAUUACGCUGCCCUUCAUACAAUCCCAGAGCUUCAGCAUCCAGUGGGUGUAUAAUAUCCUGGAGAAGACGGCUGAGGCUGAUCGAAUAAUCCACGAAAACCCUGAUUCUUUCAAUGGUUUCGUUCUCAUUCCAGAUUUUAAAUGGAAUCAGAAACAGCUAGAUGACCUGUACUUGAUAGCCAUCUGCCACCGUCGGGGGAUAAAGUCACUGCGAGACCUCACCGCUGAGCACCUGCCUUUGCUGAGGAACAUCUUGCACGAAGGGAAGGAAGCCAUAUUAAAGCGCUUUGGCGUGGCUGGCUCCCAGCUGCGGAUUUACCUGCAUUACCAGCCAUCCUACUUCCACCUGCAUGUGCAUUUCACCACUCUGAGCUACGAUGCACCAGGCUGCUCAGUGGAGAGAGCUCACCUCCUGUCGGACGUUAUUGACAAUCUGGAGCUCGACCCCCAGUACUACCAGAAGCGUUCGCUGACCUUUGCCCUCCGGGCAGACGAAGCCUUGCUGAAGAAAUUCCAGGAAGCAGGCAAAGCUUGAGAUCUCAGGGACUGGAAGUGCACUGGUUUUCUACCUUUUUACGUAUGGAUUAUUUUUAUUGUCCUUGACUUUUUUUUUAAACUCAAUUUUGUAAGACUCGUGAUUGCGUCCCCCUCACCUUAGUAACUGUUCCCUGCAUUUCUAUCAAUAAAAUGUUGUUUGAGCAGAGACUGUU